GAAAGUCUGGGACGCGAGUGAGAAGCUGUCGGCGGCCAGAAGAAUUGCUCUUGGCAAGAUUGAGAAGGUGAUGGCAUAUGCGAAGACCGUCAACGACAAGUUCACGGAACUCUCUACUUCGAAAGCGAUUCCGGAGGAGAAGGUUCGUCUCGCCGAAGAGUUUACCACCUGCGAGCACCGCGUCAACCUCCUGAAGGCAAUGCAAUGGGUGCCGCAGACUUGUGAGUCCAUGGUAGGCCCUGACACUCCAGCUGAAGCGGACAUCCCGCAGAACCUGAACGACUUGUGUGAUAGCAUCGUAGCAUUGGCAAACCACGCGAUCGAGCACGCUAAUGGCAUGAAUAUUGAGAAUGCCUCGAAGUACUUCGAGGAGCUGCUCGGCAAGCCAGAGUACACUCAGAUCCGCGAUCAUGCCGACAUGCCGAGGCCGGGCAAGGGGCCGAUGAGUUUCUACUUCAUGUUCUUGGCUCAACCGCCCGCGCGUCGCUUCAAGCCCGGCGACGCGGUCCAGGCGUGCAUGAACAACAUCAAGAUUGCCAUGCUCUGCGAGAUGAACUUCCUUUUCGCCAAGGGGAACUUCCUGGAGUCGGGCCCCCUUCUGCCGAUCUCAGACCCGCCAGCCGUUCCAACCCUCGCGCUUCUAUCCUGCGCCGUGGGCUGCUUGAGCGCCAAGGGGGAGGAGGGGCUCAAGGAGUUCGAACAGUACCUCACCUUGUGCAUCGACAACGUGAAGGUGGAGCGCGUCAAGACCACGGUGCAGAUGUUCAAUAGAGCUGUAGACGGAUUGCGAACGGAGGCGCGGAAAGCGGAAUCGAAGAGGGUGAAGCUUGAGAGGGAGGCCAAACAACGUGAGGAUACUCGGGAGAAGGCUGCGCUGAGGGCGUCGUUGGAAGGCGCGGCUGGCAGCGCGCACAAGGGCCCACCAACGAAGUCAGACCCAGUCGCCGUCUUCUCGACAGAGUCUGCCGAGUCGGUCAGCCCGAUUCCGCCCUACCAGACCGUGGCAGAGCUCCAGAAUAAAGCGAUGUCGUUGAACACCUCCGAACCUUUCAUUGUGCAACAAGCGGCCGACCUGAUUGCCUUGGCGGGCCGGCCAGCUAUGAAGAUGCCCACAGCCACGUUCCAGGCGCAAUUCCAGAAGACUGAGCAAGCAAAGCUUGGCAAGAAGGGACAAUGCCCAUCACCUCCGAACGUGUCGAGCAUCGUGGCGCCGUUGCUGAUGCAAUGCGUGCCCGCGCACAUCAAGAUGGAGCCAGCUCCCGUGGUGAAUCAGUGGGGCGCCUGCAAGAACUUGCAAGCAGCUGGGUUCGAGUGCAUGUGCGUCGGCCAACGCCGGUUCACUGCUACUGGGUGCCGGGAAAUCGUCUGCUGCUCGUGCGACCACGCGUACAACGCGCGCAAGGCGUUGAAGCAGGCUGCUGGUGACGAGGUCGAGACCUUCAGCGACGAGUUCACCGUCGUUCACUUGGUGGAGAAGUUCUUGACGCAGGCGCUGCCACCGGAGAGCAUGACUGUGCUAAACCAGGUUGGGUUGAAGUUCUUCAAGGGCGUGGUUGGUAGUGGCACCGUCUCGUUCAUUCCUGCUGGAUGGGUCGUCAUCGAGCGCGGCCGUGGCUCGGACAUGAUUUGCGGCAGGCGCCUCACGGUCAUCGAGAGCCAGCAGGUGCCGUUGCCGCUCGAGCUGUUGAAGAAGCACCUCAAGUCGUACGUGAAGACGCCCAACGCAGUUCUCAACGAGUUCGAGAAGAUUGACAGGUCCAUCGUCAAGCAUGGGCGAUUCCCUGAGCGCCGCAUCGGCGGCGACGAGCUUCACCAGACAGCGAAGGCGGCAGGACUUGCGGCAGGAGGAGGGCUGUUCGGUCAAGCGCUGCGCCAUGCCAAGUUUCCCAUGGAGCCCGUCGAGAUCGAGGUUGACGAGUCCGAGCGCGUUGAGUCUUGA